UGUCUCUCUCUCUCUCUCUCGCCCAUCCAUUGCCCGAUGGCCUCGCCCUCCGCGCCCGCGGCCGCCAGCUCGGGCACGGCCCCCGGCCCUGCCCCCGGCCCUGCCUCCACCUCCGGCCUUCAGCCGGCAGCUUCGCCGGACGCCCGCGCCGCGGCCGACCAACACCUGGCCGGUCGGCUGCAUGGCAAUGCCGAGGCCCUGGCCACCGCGCGAUCCUACAUUGCCCGGCUCUGGGCCGAGCUGACCUUCAACUCCCUGGAUUCGAUCCAGUCGCUGACGCGCGAGGCUCGGCAGCAUGCGCUGGUGUGGAAUCGCGCGCUCGGCGUGGUCGAGGCCGUGGCCGAGUACACGCUGGCCCGGUCGCACGACCCCCGCACGCGCAUCGCCGCCCUCUACCUGAUGGACUCCAUUUGCAAGGUGGUCUCCGGCCCGUACGGGUCUCUUUUUGAGCGCGGCGUCUUCGACCGCUUUUGCCAGGUAUACAACCUGUGCUCCAAUGACCCGCCCAUGAAUGACCGGCGGGCCCUGGUCAAGCUCUUCAACACCUGGUGCACAUACCGGGUAUUUAGCCUGCAAACGCUGAACCAGCUCCAGGGGUUCCUGCAGCAGGUGCGCGCCCCGCCGCCGGCCCCUUCGUCGGGCGCCGCGGCCGGAGGCCAGGCUGGCCAGCGCCCGGCCGGCCAACGGCCAGCCGGCCAACGAUCCGCCAGUGCCCGCGCCUCUCCGGCGCCCCCGGCCGGGGGCCCAGCGUCCAGCCGGCCCUCUCGGGGCCCGGCCAGCGGCCCGGCCCCUGCUGCCAUUCCCCUGGCACCGGCCACGGCUCCCCCUUCAGGGCACUUUGCCGCCCCCUACUCCCACGAUGAAAGCCUCCCCACUGCGCCUCCCCCUCCCGUCCCUUCACACUAUGCCGCCAGUGGCGGCUACUCCGGCAACUACUCCGGGGCCUAUGGCUCACAGGCACCGGCCGCGCCAUAUGCCGGGGCUUAUGGCACAACCCCAGCCCCCGUGGGACACUUUGUGCCGGCCCCGGUCGCCGCGCCGCCGCCGGUCGUCGCCCCCACCGAUGGCCAUGGCCCGCAUGGGCGCUUUGAGCAGCACCGGCCCGUGGCCCCGGUUGCCAUCGGCGGCAUCACCCUGCCCCCCUCGACCGGCGUCUUUCUGCCCGUGGCCCCGCAGUCGCCAGCCACCUCGACCGCCGUGCCGGCCAUUGGCCUCCAUACUUCAGACAUAUCCCGCCACCAACCCGGGGCCUUCCUCUUUAUCUACGAUGAGCUUUCGCAGCAGUGCCGGCAGUGCGCGCGGCGCUUUGCCCUGAACCCGGCCGGCAACUCGCUGCUCGAGCAGCACAUGGACCUGCACUUCCAGCAGAACCAGCGCGAAGCCGCGGCUCAGGAGGCCGGUCCCGAGGGGGGUGGCACCUUCCACACCCGCGCCCCGAUGCGGGGCUGGCUCAUGCCCCCCUCCGACUGGACCACCUUCACCAUGAAUGCCCGGGUCAAUGUUGACGAGCCAUCCGAAUCCCGAGAUACCGAGGCCAACACGGGCCCCGAUGCCGAUGAGCGCGCCGACAAGCGACGCCACAUUGUCAAGGUUCGCCCCGGGGUGACCAAUGACCGGACAUGCGCCGGCUGCGCGGACCGUCUGACCAAGGCCUACGACCUGGAGCUCGAGGAGUGGGUCUAUGUCGACACAAUCCAGCUCGAUGGUGUUGUACGUGCAUCUCGCGCUCGAAUGGUCUCCCCCCCCCUUGUCUGCUCUCGCCGCCGGAUCCUCGCGCACGCGCACAUACACACACACACAUAUAUAUAUACACACUUACUAUUUAUAAUCUACACACACAUGCAACACUGUCUUACAUGCCCCACCCUUCCUCCCGUCGCCAGAACUACCACGCCUCAUGCGCAGACUCCGGCCUCGGGGCCUCUGCAAAGCGGCCACCCUCUCCCACCGGAUCGGCGCCUCACGGCCACUCACAAGAUGGCGCCCUGAAGCGGCAGAAGCAUUGAGCCCCGGUGUGGCACUUGACCGCCGUGGUGCUGUGUCGCCCUCCCUCCUUUCCCCCUCUCCCACACGCGCACACACACAGACACACGCACAUGCACAUACGCGCAGCCCGCAUGCCCACCCUCGCUUCUCCUGCCUCCUCGCCGGCCUGCUAUCCCCCCACACAAUAGACACAUAAGCAGCCUCC